AGCCAACGAAGGCGGAACUUUCGCUCUUGCGCGUAAAGGCGAGCUCGGUUACUCGAGACGCAAAGAUUUAAGGGCGAAGCGGUGCGGGGGGGGGCACGCAUGAAGUGAUUUAUUAGCCUGCAAUCUGGUUGCACAUAGCUGGGCGAAGGCCUGAUAAGAGCCCUGAAUGGGGCUGAUGUCACAGUGAUGUCAGGCUCGUAGCUUCCAAGAGCAAAAAGCGAGGGAGCAUCGAGGAAGCAAGCAAGGGCUUUCUCUCUCUUCCUCCCCGCACCCUCUCGUUCGCAGCACGGCCGCUCGGCUACUGCACGCCCCCUGCGCCUGCUGCCUGCCUGCCUCCCUCCUUCUGUCCCAGCGCCUCAACUUUCGGAUCUGCAAUGUGAAAGGCACCAGGUGGUGGCCAGACCGUAAGCACCUCAGAGUCCCGGGCACACGGCGUGGCACCGCUUGGCUUUGUCCUCCUGGGUGGGAGAGGCUUCUACCUGAGGCAGUUCUUUCCCAAAGUGCCAAAGCACAUGUGCCAUCGUUCCAAAAUGGCUGUACCCAGGGUGUUGCUGCCGUACCUGUGGCUCUUAGGACUUCCCAUCAAAGUGUGCUUGGCUCAAGUGACUCCACCACCACCACCAGGGUGCAAUAAGGACUUGCAAUCCAUCUACUACAACCUCUGUGACCUGUCAGUAGCCUGGGGCAUCGUAUUGGAGGCAAUUGCCAGUUUUGGUGUUGUGACCAGCUUUGUCCUCACCAUUGUCCUAGUGGCCAGCAUUCCAUUUGUCCAGGAUUAUCAGAAGAAGAGUUUAAUAGGGACACAAGCCUUCCUUUUGUUUGGUACCUUUGGGCUGUUUUGCUUGACUUUUGCUUUUAUCGUCAAGCAAGAUUUUUCAACAUGUGCCUCACGCCGCUUCCUUUUCGGUGUCCUCUUUGCCGUGUGCUUCUCUUGUCUGGCAGCACAUACCCUCAGCCUCAAUUUCCUUGCCCGGCGGAAUCAUGGCCCCCGGGGGUGGGUCACCUUUGGCAUGGCUUUGCUCCUCGUCUUGGUUGAAGUCAUCAUCAAUGCUGAGUGGCUCAUUAUCACAGUGGUGAGGAGUGACAGUACAUCCAAGGACCCUUGCAAAGUGCAGAAUGAAGACUUUGUCAUGGCACUCAUCUAUGUCAUGUUCUUGCAAGUGGUUACAUUUGUUGCUGCAUGGCCUGUCUUGUGUGGGCGUUACAAGCACUGGAGGAAGCACGCCAUUUUUGUCCUCCUCACCAUCUCCCUCUCCAUGGCCAUUUGGAUCGUAUGGAUUGUUAUGUAUCUUUAUGGCAACCAGCAGGAAGGGGACUCAACUUGGGAUGACCCCACAUUGGCCAUUACUCUUGUCUCCAAUGCCUGUGUCUUUGUUUUCUUUUACGUCAUCCCUGAGAUCUCCCAAGUAAUCAGACCAGGACCAGAGCAGGCCUAUGAGGAUGAUGUUUACCCCACCCGGGGGGUGGGAUAUGAAACAAUUCUCAAGGAACAGAAAUCCCAGAGCAUGUUUGUGGAGAACAAGGCCUUCUCAAUGGAUGAGCCUUCUUCAGCCAAAAAACCUGUGUCCCCAUAUAGCGGAUACAAUGGGCAGCUACUGACAAGCGUGUACCAACCUACAGAGAUGGCUCUCAUGCACAAAGGACCUUCUGAGGGCCCCUAUGAUGUCAUCCUCCCUCGUGCCACAGCCAACAGCCAGGUGAUGGGCAGUACUAAUUCUACACUGCGUGCUGAGGAUGUCUACAUUUCACAGAACAAGCAGGCAGUAGCACAGAAAGAUGGAAAGAGUGGACAGGCUUCAUCUCCUUAUAGCAAGAGCAGAUGGUAGAAGCCAACGUCUUUAUUUCGGCCGGUCCCAUUCCUAGAGGAUGCCUUGCAAAUCUUGCCUUUGUGAAGAAGCAUCUGAUGAGACUAGGCCUCAGUUAGCCAUUGAGAUUUCAUCCUGGUAGUGGAGACAAUACAGUUUCUUUUUGUUACGAAUAACUCAAGUACUCUGCUUGACCUCUGCUAUAGAAAAACUGGGUCUCUGUGCUGGAAUGCACCUGUGUUUUUGGUUUUGAUAUUCUGGACAACAGGACUUCUAAUUUCUUUGGAGCCUUCAGUCAAGUUCUUAGUGCCACUUUUGCAGUACAGCUAGAUAGCAAUUUGGGACCCUCUUUUUUUAUUUACAACCCACACUUCUGUUGACUCUGUUGUGGAGUGUCUCACCUUCUUCUGCAGUCCCUCCUGUUUUUAUGCUGUACAAAUCAGCAUUUUCCAGUACUGAGAGGAUUUUGUCUAGGUCACAGCUUGGCCUCUUGGUGGAUGAUUGAGUGCCCCUGCCUUCUGUCUGGUUGCCAAAUCCCACAAGGGAGUGCUUCAGAACUGAGAAGGGUGCUGCUGUUCCAAUGGAGGCCAUGUAGAUAAGAGUCCUUCUGCAGAGAAAAACGUUUGUCAAGUGUAAAAAGAACUCUUGGGCUUGUUAUAUGAGCUGUGGUAAGGUUUCUUUCUCUCAUAGCGCUCCUGCCUUUGGACCAAGCCCUGGAGUGCAACAAUAUUAUGCCACCUCCACCAUCGUGAUGACCCCCACCCCCUCGGGCAAUAUAAAUGAAGGCAGCUUAAAAGACUUUUCAAUGUUUGGGGUUUAGCUUUGGUUGUCAAUGUGGGUGGGCAAUAUCUCAAUUGUUUGAUUGUGUUUUUGAAGUAUUUGUGACUUCCUUGGUGCCACCUAUUGAACAUAUAGGAGGUGCCAACUGAUGGGGAAGCUAUAGGUCAUUUAGAGUUUCCCUUGGAUAUGCAUAUGGUACUUCCUAGUUUCCAUGCAGAUGAGAGUUGUGGGAGAUCCAUGAUAUUUGCCGUCUGGUUUUACAGCAGUUCCCUGCUAGUACAUGUAUAGUCAAAAGGGUCGCCUUCCAGUUCUCCCCUGCCACAAGCUUAUUUGGCCCUCUUCCGUCAGAUGCGCAAAGGGUUGUCUUCAGUCGGCAGAUAUGUAGAUACAUCACUACAGACAGGAGGGGAGUGGGGGAACCUAACUACAGAGUGAAGCCAGAGGGCCCAGCAGUGCUGGAGAAUGGGUGUGUCACAUUACUAUGCCCAAAAUUGCCAUACUUUCCGAAAAGAGUUUCAAAGGCUGAAGCUGUUUGAAGGCUUGGGCUCCAAAGCAACUAGGAGUGGCUAGCUCACCACAGAAAAGUAAUUGCAUCUCUUUAUACAUUGUUAUUCAUCCUUUACUUAUUCUUCAGUUGGGAAUGUGUCAAGCCUACUCUGAAUCCUUUUUUCCUUUUCUGACAUGAUUUGUGUUAUAUUUUGUGCUGUGCACAGUAAAGUGGCGCGCACAUACGCAUGCACACACACAUCUCUACCGUUUUCUCUUGCAUAAUAACCCUGAUUCCCAUCCACCCCACCUGCUUCUCCUUGUAUGUAUGCUUCUAUGUAUAUUGGUAAAUUCAAGAUGGCAUUUCUUGAAUCUGAAAAAGUAGUCCCUGGUCCAUGAAAGCUUUUGCCACAGUAAAUUGCAAUGUACUCCUAAACAUAUCUACUCAGAAGUAAGUCCCGCUGAGUUUAUUGGGGCUUACUCCCAGAUAAGUGGAGCUAGGGUUACAGCGUUAAUAUUUACGGUGCCACCAGCCUCUUUGUUACAGCCUUCACAGCAUCUCAUAUUGUCUGCACACUGCUCUCAGUCGUUGGGCUGUGGCUGGAGUAUUGCCAACAUCCUGAUGUUCCACCACCAUUUCUCCUCUCACUUGUUCUCAUUGUGGAGAGGGAAGAUGUGUUGUUUCUCUCCUGAGUUACAGGAAGGAGGCAGACUUUGCUGUUGUGUGGACCUGGUUGAAGAAGUGAAAUAGGGAAGUGCUGCACGCUCCUAGCAGUGCCUUUGUAUCAGUCCUCUUCCGCUCCCUGUGAGUGGUGUACUCAGUGUACUUCUGAAGAUGGGCAUUCCUUUGUCCAGCUCUCUCUGAAGGCAGCUUCUGUAGAAUGGGAGGGGAGGGCCAUAUCCUGCUUCUACGGUCUGCUACCCCACCACUUUUUGCUCAGAAAUAUGAACAGCUGGUUUAUGAUCACUCAAGCCAAGGCUAGUAAUGAAGAGCCUCACACUGUCAUGAUUUCUGCCCACCCUUGCUGAGAAUGAUGUUCUGCGCCUUGGGGUUGUAUGUGUGUAUUUGGGUGAGUUGUUCUCUAUAUAAGUAAUGAAGUGUGAUGUAAUUUUUUUUCUCAAAAAAAAUGCUGGCUGUAAGUGAAUGGCAGGAAGAGCUCAGGAGGAGGACUGUGUGUGACUGUUGUGUUUUAAUUCAAGUGUUACUUAAAUGGGGGUGGGGGAAGGAAGUGUUUUUAGGUCUGUUGUUUUUUUUAGCCCAGAGUUAUCUGACAAAUCAGUUUUUUCCCCUAAAUUUUGUUGCUGAUCUUGUUUUAUCAUGUAUUCUUUUCUGCUUUUGCAGAUGAACAAGGAGAGGAUGCUGAGUAUAUUUUCAGGCAUCUUAGGCCAGCAACAAAUACUGGCAGUCAGAGUCCUCCUGACCUUGGGAGUCAGGUAAUCAAGAAAAGCCAGUCUCACUCAACUUACUGUACAAUACCUCAAGGUCUGCUACACUCCUUUAGUAUGUGUAUAGCUGCUGAGGGGAGCCAUUGGAUUUGCCGUACUAAAUGUACUUGGCAUGAGGGGAGGGCUGUAGUUCUGCAGUAGAGGACAUGCUUUGCACUCAUAAGAUCUUUGGAUCAGCCCCUGGCAACUCCAGCUAAAAAGAUCUGGUAGCAGGUGAAUAGGAAAAACUUCUGCCUGAGACUGUGCAGAGCUGCUGCCAGUUGAAGUAGACAACUCUGAAGCAGAUGGUAUAAGGCAGUUUCCUGUGUUCUUUGUCUCUCUGGCUCCUAUGCUUACUUUCUUCUUUGUUCAUGAACUUGCCCAGUCUAACAGUGUCCUACUUUGCCUUCCAUCUUCUGGGAUGUGGCCUUGGCCUCUCAUCUGUCCUAUGAACUCUGCCCUGCUUGCCUUCCCUAUUCAGGUCAGCUGAGUCAAAACUAGACAGCUGGCUGGCAGCAUGGCCUAUAGGCUAUGGAGAUCAGUAGUGCAGUAGAUUAGAACAAAGAACAUCAGUUUGGAAGUUCCCAAACAUAUUGUACAGUGGUUUGGUUUUUCAUCCCCACAUCCCAGAAGCCCGAACAUAAAUGUGUAUAUAUACACAGCAACACUUGUUUGCUUCUUGUUAAAGCUUUGGCCUGCUUCAUAGUAGUCGCAGGCUAAAACUUCAUUUUGUUCCUUGCCAUAAAAUAUCCACAGUCCAAACAGGACAUUACUUUAUUUGGUUAGUGAGCAGCUAUGUCUGUGGUUUUUCUUUAACUGUUUAAUUAUAGGCCAUGAUCCUGAUGAGAAAUACACUCUGUGCCAAUGAAUUUUUUUUAAGCCUCACAGCUGUGUGUGAGAUCCUCAUUGGGAUCGUAGUUUGGAAAGGGAAGAUUAAGCUUCCCAUCCCCGUAUGCUGUGGUCUUAAUGACAAUCUGUCACCUGUGCACUUAUAAUUAAAUAAAGGUGUGGAGGGGAACCCAGAUGUAGUUGUACAUUAUGCAUUUACCAUAAUAUGCAGUUUUAGCCUUAGUUGGUUUCUCCUCAGGGGAUUUUUAUUACAGUAAAGGCACUUUUUUGUUCUA